AUGGCGGCCUCGGAGGCGGCGCCCGCUCUGGCUGAGGGCGCUGGGUCGGCGCCCUGGGCGCAGCUGGACGCCCCCGCCCGGUUCCUGCUGCAGGUGCUGCAGUCGGGGCCGGAGGGGGCGCGGCGCGGCCUGAGGCUGCUGCGGGCUCUGGGCAGUCGCGGCGAGGAACCCUUCUGCUGGGGCCGCGUCCUGGAGGCUCUGUGCCGGGAGGAGCCCGUCGUGGAGGGCCCGGACUGUCGCCUGGAGCUGAGGCCGCUGCUGCUGCGAUUGCCCCCGUUAUGCCAGAGGAACCUGAUGUCCCUGCUGAUGGCUGUCCGGCCGUCGCUGCCCGAGAGCGGCCUACUCCCGGUGCUGCAGGUUGCACAACAAGCCCAGAGCCGAGGCGCUGACGCCUGGCUCCGGGCCCUGGGGCAGUUGCUGCAGAGGGACCUGAGCGCAGGGGUAGCGACUGAGGGAGCGUCCCCGCUGUCUACACACUGCCGGAGACAGCUCCAGGGCCUGUGUGGGCGGCUGCGCCAGGGAGGCAGGGGGCUGAAGUUCGCCCAGGCUCCCGUUCCCGAAGAGGAAGAAGAGGAGGAGAAGGAGGACGAGGACUCCCCGUGGCCUGGGAAACGCAGAAAGGGGCCAGAGGAAGAGCCUGCCAGUCCUGAGGGCCAGAGGGCCCCCAAAAGGUUCCGACGUUUGGAAAGGGAAGGGGAAGAAGGUCAGGAGGAGGAGAGACGUGAAUCUGAAUCUUUGGAGACCCAGGCAGAUGGAGGAGGUGCCUCACCCAUUAAGAACCAGCCUGUCAGAGCCGAGCCCAGGGAGGCUGGUCAGAGUCUGGAGGAGGCUCAGGGCCUGGCCGAGAAUUUGGAGUUGCCCAAAGCUGUCCAGGACCAGCUUCCCAGGCUGCAGCAGCUGCUCAAGACCUUCGGGGAGGGGUUGGAGGGGCCCCCCCCGCCCGAGCUGCAGCUUCUCCACGAAUGCAAUCCCAGCCAGAUGGACCUGCUGUGUGCCCAGCUGCAGCUCCCGCAGCUCUCGGACCCAGCUCUCCUGCAGUUCUGCACCUGGCUCCUGUCCGUUUCACCAGAUCUUAGCCUUAGCAAUGCGACCGUUCUGACCAAGAGCCUCUUCCUUAGACGGAUUCUCUCCCUGACUUCCUCAGCCUCCCGCCUGCUCAUGACUGCCCUGACCUCCUUCUGUGCCAAGUAUGCCUAUCCUGUCUGGAAAGCCCUUCUUGGCCCCGUGCUCCAGGCCCCAGGAAUAGGUCCAGCUCAAACAGAGUUACUGUGUUGCCUUCUGAGGGAUGAGGCCCUGGAGCCAGACAUGCAGCUUCUAAUGCUGGGACAGAUCUUGGAGCUGCCCUGGAAAGAGGACACUUUCUUGGUGUUGCAGUCACUGCUGGAGCGGCGGGUGGAGAUGACCCCUGAGAAGUUCAGUGUGUUGAUGGAGAAGCUCUGUAAAGAGGGGCCAGCAGCCACCACGUCUGUGGCCUAUGCCAAACUCAUGCUGACGGUGAUGACCAAGUACCAGGCCAAUAUCACUGAGAUCCAGAGGCAGGGCCUGGCCACAGCCCUAGAGCUCAACACCACUUUCCUGAGGAAGUCCCUGAAGGCCGCCCUGAGACAUCUGGCCCCCUGACCAUGCACUAAGGGACCACACUCCUGGAGCUCCCUCACCAGCUGCCUGAAGGAUACUUCUGCCCUCAGCACCUCACCCUGACCCCUUGCCUGGGGGUAAAGGCUGAGGUCCGCUGCCUCCCUGCUCCAGGACGCAGAGAGGACAUCUUGGCCUCCCAGCCAGCAGGGAAGGUCCUGGGCUAAGCAGCCUUGAUGAGCUUUAUUUCCAAGGGAUGCUGACCUUGGGCUCACUCCUUGUCACUUUUACUUCAGACUGUGGGGACAGAAACUUUCAGAAAGGCCUCAGUAGGGUCAAAGCAGACCUAGGUAGAUGAAUGAUGCUUCAGGAUCCCUGAGGUGACCUGUGUCCUCAGCACAAAUAUCUUGCACCCAAGUGUAUGUUAUGACCCUCUGUGUUCUGACUUGGAUAAUAAUUUAUU